UUCGUCUUGGGAUCUAUAAAACUAAUAUAUCAUCUACUUUCCCUGAUUUUACUCUAAAAAAUCUAUUCUUUAUUGCUUUGCUUUCAUUUACUCUCUUGGGUUGGUUGGUGAAGACGAGUGAAGUGGAAAGAGGCCAGCAGCUUCGACCAAACUCGAGAGAAAUUGUUUGUUUUCAAUUUUGGUGAAAAAAAAGAAAGUAUUUAUUAUAUUUUAAUUUUAUACUUUAAAUCGUUUUUGGAUGUUCUUCGGUCUUGGGUUGAUUUUAGCUGUAAAGGGCCACACAUACACCAUUGCCCACAAAAUGCCCCCUUCUUGACGUCUCUCUCUCUAUGUGACUUUUGAUUUGAAUACCAAUUAUUUCUUUGAUGGAGUUUUAGUGGUGAUCAUUUUCUCUUCAGUUUAUUAUUAUAAUUCUCCGUUGAGAAACUUCUGGGUUUUUUUUUUUUUUGUUUUAAUUUUCUUUUGAAUUUCUAUGUGAGAUGUGAAAUUUGUCAAUUUUGAUCAUAUUUCUGAGCUGGAAGUUGGAUCAUCUCUCUCAGAGGCAUGUCACCUGCAGCCAAAGUCUCUGAGUUUCACAGAGAAGGAAAUGAUUGGUUUUGCAGAACAGGUCUUCCAAGUGACAUAACUGUUGUUGUUGAUGAUGUGAAGUUCCAUCUUCAUAAGGUUUGACGGUUAGAAUUUGUGUGAAUCUCUAAGAUGAACCAUGGAGAUUACCCUCUAGCUAGUGGUUUUAAGUAUGCCGGAACUGUUAGAUGUUAAGCUACAUAGAUUCAUUAACUAGUUCUGUGCAUGUACUUGAAUUGAGUAUCUAUGAGUGUUGGUAGCGACCCUCUUACAGAACUACAAGGGGGGUUUAUUUGCAGUUUCCUCUAGUGUCAAAAUGUGGAAAGCUAGCACGGAUGUAUGAAGAUGAUAAGAAAUCUCUCUGGACAACAGUUCUCGAAGAUUUCCCAGGUGGGUCAGAAACUUUCCUGACGGCUGCAAGAUUCUGUUACGGGGCUCGGGUAGAUUUGACCUCGAAGAACAUAGUUUCCACACACUGCGCAGCUGAGUACCUCGACAUGACAAGUGAGUACGGGGAAGAUAACUUGAUAUCCCAAGUGGAAACAUUUUUGCACAAGCACGUGCUUCGCAAUUGGAAAGACUGUAUCCUGGCCUUACAAAGCUCCAGCCAUGUGUUGAAAUCUGCUGAAAAGCUUCAGACAAUACCCAAACUCAUGAACGCUGUUUCAACGAUGGUGUGUACUGACCCUAGUCUGUUCGGAUGGCCUAUGAUGAUGUAUGGUACGUUGCAGAGUCCUGGUGGAAGCAUUCUAUGGAACGGAAUAAACACAGGAGCGCGAAUGAGAAGCUCUGGUUCGGAUUGGUGGUACGAAGAUGUCUCUUAUCUAAGUGUAGAUUUGUUCAGAAGGCUCAUCAAGACGAUGGAAACCAAAGGUAUACGCGCGGAAAGCUUAGUGGGUGCUAUGGUGUAUUAUGCGAGAAAGUACUUGCCUGGUUUGGGACGGUGGCAGAGCAGAAGAACAAGUGGCAGCAGCAACAACAACAAAAGCAGAACAAGUGUUGUGAGUUUUAGUUUGGCAGCAGCUUCUUCGUUUAUGUCUCCUGUUGAUCAGAUUGCGUUGCUUGAAACCAUUCUGAGUCUUCUCCCUGAAAAGAGAGGAAGAUCAUUCUGCAAGUUCUUGCUAUGUCUUCUCCGUGUUGCUUUCAUUUUGGGAGUUGAUGGGAGCUGCGUGAAGCAGUUAGAGAGAAGGAUAGGGAUGCAGUUGGAGCUCGCAACGCUCGAGAAUCUUCUGAUACUUAACUAUUCCGAUUCAGAGACUUUGUACAAUGUAGAUUGUGUAGAACGAAUGAUCCGCCACUUUGUAUCAUCAUCGUCAUCCUCAGAGCUAUCUGACUUCUCGCCUCCAUCGUUGGAUCCAGGGAUGUCUCCUUCCUCUUUGAGGAAAGUGGCUAAGCUGGUCGAUAGCUACAUGGCAGAGGUUGCUUCUGAUGUGAAUCUGAAACCUGAUAAGAUGCGGUCUCUUGCGGCAGCUCUUCCAGAAGGUUCAAGACCCUUGUACGAUGGUCUAUACAGAGCCUUUGAUAUCUAUUUCAAGGAGCAUCCAUGGCUAUCAGAUAAAGACAAGGAACAACUCUGCAACAUGAUGGACUACCAAAGACUCUCAAUAGACGCUUGCGCUCAUGCUUCCCAUAACGACAGGUUACCCCUCAGAGUUGUUCUUCAAGUCCUAUUCUUCGAACAAAUGCAUCUCAGAACCGCACUUGCAGGGGGUACCAACACCGGAACAGCUCAUGCAAUGACCGUUCCAGGACAAGAGAUAGUUGAGAGGGAUGGGUGGGUGACGGUUGUGCGCCAAAACCAGGUUUUAAAAGUUGAUAUGCAGAAAAUGAGGUCAAGGGUUGGAGAACUGGAAGAGGAGUUUCAGAAUAUGAAGCGGGAAAUGAAGAAGAGAGUGAGCAAGCCCUCUAGCUCAGUGAGCUCGCCUCGGCUGGUCAAGAUGGGCUGCAAGUUUCUUCUUCCACGAGCCUCUGAUACAGCCCAUGGAUCUGUGUCCAGCACUCCAAGAUCUGCUGCUGCUGCUGAACACGCACUGCCUCGCUCUUCCCGCCAUUCCAAACACCGUAAAAGCUUCUCAUUCUUCGGAUAAAUCUCUCUCCGAAGCUUGUCUUCUCUGUUUACUCAGGAAGGGGUUUCAUUGUUUCAAGAGGAGCAGAAGCUGGUCAUUUGGAACUGGAUCUCUUUUUGUUCAGCUAACUCGAUUACUCUUCGGUUAAGAGUAUUUGCCGCGGUUUUCUCUGAAGGUAAUUGUUUUGAAGACUCUUACCAUCAAAGGUUUCGGACACGUCAUGCCUUUGUGAUCUUGGUGGUGUUUGGGAAAAUGGGUAUACUGUAAAAGUAAAUAACUAGAGUUAGGAUCUAUAGAGAAAAGAGGGUAUAAUUCUUGUCUCAUUUGAUAUGAUUCUGUGGAAUCUUUGUAGAUGUGUUAUUGUGUCUACCUGUGUGUAACGCUUUCUUAGUCAUCUUAUCAUCCGCAAGCAUGUUGCUGUUCUGUCAAUAAAUAUAGAUUCUUUUAUA